CCCUGACCCAGCCAUGGCUGCAUCCCACAGAGCCAUCCCCACCGACAUCCAAGAGGGCAUCACCACCUUCCUGGGGACAAAGGAGGUGCUCCUUGUGAUGAGCGUCCAGCUGCAGGUGAAAUCCAAGUAUGACGACUACAUCUUGGUGCUGACGCCCUGGCGAGCCUAUGUGCUGCCAGUGACACUGCCAGUGAGGGUUCACAGCAGCUUCAGCUUCCUGGAGGUGAGGGAGAUGACAGUGCAAGAGCCCAACUUGCUCACUUGGGUAUCUCCCAUCCUUUGCACACUGCAGGUUGUCAUAGAAACGGAUACAGUAUCUCAUGCCUUCCAGUUCAUGUCCGCUGAUGAUUUGGAGCAAGUUGUCAUCCACGUCACCAUGUCUCUUAAGAAGGUCUUUCCGGACUCAUCUCCUGGGACACUGCUCAAGAGCUCCCCACCCAACCUGUGUGAGAGGAUCCGGCGGACCACAGACUCACUGGAGGAGAUGCUGCAGAGCACCCCUGCACCCUGUGGGGGGUUCUCGGAGACCUACGCUGCUCUGUGUGAUUACAACGGCUUUGCUUUCCGCGAGGAGAUCCAGUGGGACGUGGACAACAUCUACCACAGCCAGGACUGCCGGGAGUUCAACCUGCUGGACUUCAGCCACCUGGAGAGCCGAGAUGUGGCGCUGAGUGUGGCUGCUUUGUCCUUCAACCCGUGGUUCACCAAGCUCUCCUGCAAGGAUUUCAGGCUGAACCAGGAGAUCUCGGAGCAGCUGCUCUACAUGCUCAGCAAAUCUGUGAUGCUGGAGGAGCUGGUGCUGGAAAAUAGCGGCUUGAAAGCGGACUUUGCACAGAGGAUGGCCCAGGCACUCAGCAACCACCCCGAAUCUGUUCUGCACACAAUUAACCUUGAUGGCAACCAGCUGGAAGACAGAGGGAUCAUUGCCUUCAGCCGGCACUUGGAGAAGUGUCCUAAGGGUCUGCAGAGCCUCAGCUUGGCCAGGACGAUGCUUACUGCCAAAGGGAUGAACAUGUUAUGCAAGGCCCUGGCAGAUAACAAAGCCAUCGGAUCCUCCCUCCGGCACUUGGACCUCUCUGGAAACCCUGGCUCCCUGGCUGGGGAUGACACCAGUCCACUGAACCCUCUCUGCCCACAGAACUUCCUUCACCAGUGCCACUCGUUGUCGCAUCUCAGCCUGGCCAGCACAGACUGCCCCUUGGAUACUCUCUUUGGAGCCUUGGUCCACGGAUGCCACACCAGCCUCACCCAUCUGGAUCUCUCCAAAAACGUGUAUUCCCACAAGAGGGUGAAAACCACCUCCUCCAGCAUCAAGGAGUUUUUCAGCCAGGCCUGCGCCCUCAGGCAUGUCUCCCUGGCAGGCACCAAGCUGCCAGCAGAUGCUGUAAGGGCACUACUGCAAGGGCUGGCGGACAACAGCCACAUCAGUGACCUGCGCCUGGAUCUCAGCAAUUGCGAGCUGAGAUCAGCGGGGGCACAAGUUAUCCAGGAUCUCAUCCCAGUCACCAGCUCCAUCAGUGACCUGGACUUGUCUGACAACGGCUUUGAUCCUGACAUGGUGACACUGGUGCUCUCCAUCGGUAGAAGCAAGUCCAUUAGGCAUGUGUCUCUGGGGAAAAACUUCAACAUCAAAUCCAAGGAAGGGCUGUUGGAUGUCCUGCACCGCAUUGUCCAGCUCACCCAGGAGGACGACUGCCCCCUCCAGUCCCUUUCCGUGGCCGAAUCACGCCUCAAGCUGGGAACCAAUGUCCUGCUGAGCGCCCUGGGCAGUAACACCAGCCUCACCGCUCUGGACAUCAGCGGCAAUGCCAUGGGGGACACAGGGGCCAAGAUGCUAGCCAAGGCCCUGCAGAUCAACACGAAGCUCAGGACUGUGGUUUGGGACAGGAACAACACAACUGCCCAUGGGCUCCUGGAGGUGGCUCAAGCUUUAGAGAGUAACUACACCCUCAAAUGCAUGCCCUUGCCAAUGAGCGACGUGGCACAGGCGUACCGCAGCCACCCUGAGAAGACAGAGCAGGCAGUGCACAAGCUCCAGUCCUGCCUGACAAGGAACCAGCUCCGGCACCCACUGCCUGUGUGCACCUCGCGGCCACAGCAGAGCAUCCUUGCCACCUCUUCUGAACAGAUGGUGAAUGAGACCUGCCUGAGCGUGCAGAAACACAUGGACAUGCUCAGCAUAUGCGUAGGCAGAGAGGUGGAGGAGGACAUCCUCUCUGCUGAGGAGGCCAUCAGGAACGCCAACCUCUCUGUCAGCAUACUGCCCCUCUUGUAUGAAGCAGGAAAUAGCCCAUACCAGAACAGCAAGCUGCAGCACAAGCUGGAGUGUCUCAUGGAGGAGGCAUCACAGAUCUGCGGCCGGGAAAUCCAGGCGAUCAUGCAGGCGGCACUGGACACAGCACACAGCCUGUGCCCAGCUGUGGUGCAGAAGAGCAGGGUCAGGGACCAGCUGGUCAAUGCCAUGUCAGAGCAGAUCUACCUCCAGGACCACCUCAACCUCAGCACUCUCCUGGACCAGAUGGUCACUGAUGUCUUCAGCAAGCUGAAUGAAAUCAAGCUGUCUGUCACAGCCGCCGUGGCUGACUGCAUUAUGGAUGCUGUGCUGGGAGAUCUGACCACUGCCCAGCAUAAACUGGUGGAGAGCUUCCCCAAGCAGGGGCUCAACCUCCCGGUGCUGCUGCCAGAGCUGGCUGAGGACGAUGCCGUGGCACUGGCGAGGGGCAGGAAUCCUCCUGACCCUGCUGCAGAUGAGUACAAGAUGGCCCUGCGGAGGAAAACCAAGCAUUUCAGGAGCAUCCGGCCCACACCAAGCAUAAGAAGUGUCUCGGAGCUGGAGCCGGCGGCAGGCAGGGACGCGAGCGGGCUCCGAGCUCACCGGGAGCCGCCGUCGCUCAGCCCCGCCGAGCCGGCACGCCCUGCCUCCACAAAGGAUGCUGAGCCUGCGAGCGGCUCGCUCCCCUCCACGCAGCCUGCCACCGCCGCCACCAGAUCCCUUAUGGACCUGCCGACUGCCGCCGGAUCCCUCAUGGACCUGCCGACCACUGGCGAGAAGCUGGAGCAUUGCACCAAAGCCAGGCCCCGGCCCAACCGCCGGCACAAGCAGCCGCCCAGCAAGCCCAAUGUGCAGCCUGUGGCCUGUGAGAACAGCGAGGACAGGAGCAUCACCCGCGUGGAUGAGGGGCUGGAGGACUUCUUCGGCAAGAGACUCAUCACAGGGGAGCUGCCCCCCAUGGCUCCAGAGACCUGCCCUGGAUCAGCCCCACUGGCUCCCUCCAGCUCCCGCACCCUCAAGAAGAAAAUCGGGAAUUUUUUUGCCUUCAAGAAACCCAAAUCCAGCCGGGGCUCGAGGUGUGAGAAGGACCCCGAGAGCACCCCCCGGAGCAGGCGCUCGAUGCUCAGUGACAUUUUACGAGCGCCCAGCAAGGCGGGCGAGGCAGGGAAGCCCCUGAGCAGAUCUGAGGAGGGGGAACUCGCUGCCGAGCUCCGUGCAGAGCCUGAGCACUGCCAGACCCCUGGUUCUGCCCGCAGAAUCCGGCCCAAGUACUCACGGGAGGGCAAAUCCCAGUCACUCAUACUGCUGUCUGGGGAGGAUGAGGACACACUGGGGGUCAGGCAGGACAAGAAGAGGCAGCUGGAGAAGAGCGACGGGGAGCUGCCCGGCUCCUUCGAGCAACGUGUGCAGGUCAUGCUGCACCGCAUCGGUGUCACCAAGGGCCCAGCUGCUGAGGGCAAGAAGCAGCAGAGCAAAGACAUCGAGAUCAAGAAAGCUGGCUCUGAUGGGGAUAUUGUGGACAGCUCUGCAGACUCACCCCCAUCCCUGAAGGUCCGCACGCACUCUGUGUCCACAGCACCUCCAUUAUUCCAUGGCUCUGUCCUUACUGCACACCCAUGGCUCUGUCCCACACCCACAGACACAACCUUCCGCAGCCCAGCUGCCACGGUGGAGCCCCAGACAGCCUGGAGAUCCCUUGGGAAGCUGCUUCCUGCGGAGUCGCAGGGCACCAGCUCCCAGCAGCCUCAGCAUUCCUUCAUCCUGGCCGAUCCCAGCAUGGUGCCAGAGCCGGGGUCCUGGGAGGGCUGGAGCAGCAGCCUGCCACGGCUGGGCCGCAGUGUGCCAGUGGCAUUGCCACGCAGGGUCAGCCAUGGCGGGGAGCCAAGGGCCAGCAGCCCCCUGCCCACACCGCCCGACACUGAAGACAACCGGUUGACACCACGGCUGGCAGUGCCAUGGGGGAUCGGCCGCCGAGCUGUGUCCAUUCACGAGGAGCAGCUCAGGGAGCCUGAGUGCCCAGCAGAGCUGGGAAUGGGCACUGUUCCUCUGCGCCUGCGGCGGUCACCUGUGCUCAGACGGAGAACCAAGCAUGAGUCCCUCCCAGAGCCAGAGGGAGAGCCCGGAGUGUCCUUGGAUGCUGCAGGGGCUGCACUGCAGGACUGGCCCCAUGCUGGCCUAGAGCAGCUGCAGGCUGGAGCAGGCACUGCCAGUGAGCGGCCACAAACUGUUGGGAAUGCACAAGACUCAGCAGCCGUAGACCAAAGACUGGGCAGGGGACAGCCAGCCCUGGGACAGUGA